AUGGCUGAGAAUAACCUCAAGACGAGCCAUAUGGCUAUCGUCUUGGGGAUUGGCCUGGGUGUCGUGUUACUGAUCAUAUUGAGCCUACUUCUCACAAUCAUUGUCAACCGCCGUGAUCGCCAGGCUUUUUUGCGAUCUCGGAAAACCCCGGAUGAGCGCCUGCGCAAGCUGGAUGACGUUGCACCGACUCGCACGUUGGAAGUCUGGUUUACCAGUACAAAAGACAAAAUGAAGCUUUCCGAUGCCGUCGAUAGCCAAUUUGUCUGGUAG